AUGCAUGUUACAAGCGCUUCAAAUCUAGAGCGCGGAAACGUCCGCACUGAUUCAGAUCACUCAAGCAACACUGGUGGGAAUUCAGGCGCCAAUGUUCGCACAUGGAACGAAAACGACUUGCCGGCACCUAGGCCAAAGCUUACCAUCUUGGAUGUAGCUGCACUUAUUCUUAACAAACAGAUCGGCACUGGAAUCUUCACGACACCGGGGGCAGUCUUACUUUCGACACAAUCCAAGGGACUAAGCGUCGCACUGUGGACGAUCGGCGGAUUUUGGACGCUGAUGUUCCUACUCAUCUACCUUGAGUUCGGAGAUGCAUUUCCGUACAAUGGUGGUGAGCUUGUGUAUCUCGAUGAGACAUACCGCAAACCCGAGUUAUUAGCCACAAUCCUCUUUUCCGGGUUUUUCCUCAUGUUAGCGAACUCUUAUGGUAAUUCCAUCCAGUUCGCUAAACACGUUCUUGUUGCUGCUUUCCCAGGCCUAGAAGACAGUACAAAGCUCGAUCCCCGUCUAGUCCGCUACAUCGCGAUAUCAGUGAUCACCUUCGUCUGCCUGAUUCACUGGCAUUCAAGUAGGGCAGGCCUGUUUCUCAACAAGCUCGUUGCAUGGUACAAGAUAGUCUUGUUGGUAGUUAUCUUUAUCUCUGGUAUGACUAAGAGCAGUGGGAAUCAGUCAAAAUGGAGCGAUUCUGGGAACGGAGUUUCGACGACUGAUGGCAUGACGGGGAUGGUGCUCAUAUUCUACUCGUAUCAAGGUUGGGAGAAUGCCAACUACGUUGCGGGCGAGAUUCGCGCUUCAGCCAACAGUACAUCCAAAACGACUCUUAACAUCGGCGCUACACUGGGCGUCACAACCACUUGGAUUCUCUACGUGCUUGUCACAGUAGCUAUUUAUCGCGUUUUGGGAUACGAGGACCUUACAGGUCCUCACUCUGACCUCGCGGUAGCGCUCAAGUUUGCACCGAAGGUUUUCGGUGGCGCUACCGGCCUGAAAGUCUGUAUGGCGAUUUCUGCUUUCGGUAAUGUUCUUGCAGUUACGUACACUGCGUCCAAAGUCAAGCAAUCCAUCGCCAUACAAAGAAUCCUGCCGUUCUGGCGGUACUUACAAGCUGAUCAACACACUCCCAAAGGUGCUUUGAUUUUACACUGGAUAACAUCUGUCAUCUUUGUUGCUUUUGCACCCAGUAGUUCAGAUGGAUAUAGCUUUGCUGUUGGGUUCUAUACAUACGGGCACAUUUUGUUCAGUGUCCUUGUCGCUGUCGGCCUGGUCAAGCUUAAACAACGAAUACGGAGCUCACCAGAACCGGAACACUCGGAUUGGGAAUACACCUUCUUUCGGUCCAAGCCAUUGUUAUACACCGUACCCGUCAUCUUCGCUCUCGGAAAUGUCCUCAUCCUGGUAUUUGCUGGCAAGACGCACAAGCCAGGCAAGAUUCCCAGAUGGUGGUGGCCGAUCGUGACUUUCAUCAUUCUGUUCACGAGUGCUCUAUAUUGGGCUGGCAUGCGGGUUCUUAUGGUGAAGACGAGAGCGAUAAACCCAACAACGCAUGAGCAGAAGACCAUUGGCGAUUUGGUUGGGUUAAGCGUCCGGGUAGAGUGCAAAGGCGACGAAAACCUUCCGCCAAACAUCGCAAGGGACAUUGACGAGACACUAGCUGCAAAGGUGGAUGGUAGUCAAAGGCGAGUCAUUGUAGAGACGAGGGGAUGGCUGGCCAGUUUGGGCAACUCUUUCGAUGACUUCAGGAAGAUGGUCAGUAGGUAUCUGUUCUAG